CGUAUAAACACACUCGUGACAAACACUCCGACAGACAUAAGCAGGAAGUACACAGAAACGGGUCCAGGAUGACAUCAGCCCUCCUGUGCUUCCUCCUGGCUGCUCCAGUGCUGCUGGUUACGAGCAGCCCGCUUUACAAAUCUACCAAUGGGACUUUACCGCUAGUGCUGUGGCAUGGGAUGGGUGACAGCUGCUGCAACCCGCUCAGCAUGGGGGCGAUCAAGAAGAUGAUCGAGCAGGACAUCUCUGGCAUCUACGUGCUCUCGCUGAUGAUCGGACAGAACGUCAUUGAGGACACAGAAAAUGGGUUUUUCAAGGAUGUGAAUGAGCAGGUGUCCAUGGUGUGCAGCCAGCUGGCCCAGAACCCGAAGUUGAAGGGAGGAUAUAACGCUAUGGGAUUCUCCCAGGGGGGCCAGUUUCUACGAGCCGUGGCUCAGCGCUGUCCCUCUCCACCAAUGAAAACGCUGAUCUCUGUCGGGGGCCAGCACCAAGGAGUGUAUGGACUGCCGAGGUGUCCCGGUGAGAGCUCCCACAUCUGUGACAUGAUCCGCAAAGCUCUGAAUAAUGGCGCCUACACGGACCUGGUCCAGAAACAUCUGGUGCAGGCGCAGUACUGGCACGACCCGUUAAACGACGACCUGUACAAGAAGCACAGCCUGUUUCUGGCCGACGUCAACCAGGAGAGGGCUGUAAAUGAGACUUACAAGAAGAAUCUUCAGCUGCUGGAGAAGUUCGUCAUGGUCAAGUUCCUGCAGGACACCGUAGUGGAUCCCGCUGAUACGGAGUGGUUCGGCUUCCUGAAAACGGGUCAGGCCAAAGAGAUGGAAACUCUGCAGGAGAGCGUCCUCUACAAAGAGGAUCGUCUGGGCCUGGCAGCGAUGGACAAAGCUGGAAAACUGGUUUUCCUGGCGUCAGAGGGAGACCACCUGCAGUUCACCAGAGAGUGGUUCAACGCUAACCUGCUGCCACUUUUACGCUAAAACACUUUGAUUUUAAAGCCUCUCGCAGCAAACGUUCAAUCAGACUUCAACCACUGAAACCAAGUCGACUUUUAAAUUGAAAAAGCAGAAAGCUCAUAAUCCAUUCCUUUUGCACUGAUCACUUGUCGCAUGUUGACACUUUUAAUGUUUGAUUAUCGCCUCGGUUUUUACUGCUGUCUAAACACCACGCCUCAUAUUUAACCUCAAGUGUUUUAUCACCACUUACCUUUGAGGGUAAAACUCUUGUGUUUGCAUCUGUACAUUUAAAAACAAAACUUUUAAUCCAAUAAAGACAAAAACAAAGA